AUGGAGGAACCGCCGGCGGUUGUAGCGGUGGACGAAUACACGGAGGUGUACAGGCGUCUGCCCAUAAAACUCCAACUGUUCUACGGUAUCGGGCACGUCCUGAACGACGUCUGCGCCUCCAUGUGGUUCACCUACCUGCUGGUCUUCUUCCAAUUCGUCCUCGAAUUCGACCACCGGCAGACCGGCAUCAUUUUGCUCAUCGGCCAGAUCGCCGACGGCCUAUCCACGCCCUUCGUCGGCUACCACUCCGACCAAUCCGACGGGUUCUGGAUAUGCCGGUACGGCAGGCGGAAAACCUGGCAUCUCCUCGGCACCGUCUGCGUCAUCGGCACCUUUCCCUUCAUAUUCUCGCCGUGCUUCGGCUGCCAGGACGCGCACACCUGGCGCGAGAUGUUCUACUACAGCAUGUUCGUGAUCAUCUUCCAGUUCGGCUGGGCCGCCGUGCAGAUAUCCCACCUCUCGCUGAUACCGGAGAUCACGCCCAACGAGCACGAUCGCACCCAGCUCACCGCCGUCCGGUACUCCUUCACCGUCGUCUCCAACGUUCUGGUCUACGUCAUAACGUGGAUCGUGCUGUACGUGGACCAAGGGCAGGACUCGAAGAUCGGCCCCGGCGACGUGGCGAAGUUCCAGCACGUGGUGUGGUCGAUUCUGUCCGUAGGCAUAGUCUGCUCGGCGCUGUUCCACCUCUGCACCAAAGAGGAGGACAACGGAAUGGGCAACGACGUCAGAGGCGGCCAGAUCCGCACGAGCAUAGCGGAUCUGUUCAGGAAAUUCGAGUUGUACCGAAUCGCCGUGGUGUACAUGUCGUCCAGGUUGUUCGUGAAUCUGUCGCAGGUGUUCGUGCCGUUGUAUCUGCACAGUACGCUGGACAUGCCGGCGAGCGCGCUCGCCUUGGUGCCGCUGGUGAUGUUCAUCGGCAGCUUUCUCACGUCGCUGUUCAUCGAGCGCAUCAACCGGCAUUUCAAGCGGAAGAUGACCUACUCGAUCGGCGCCGUGUUCGGCAUCGUAGCGGCGGUGUGGAUAAAAUUCGGCGCCGGGCACUUGUACGAGACCUACUACAUAUUCGCGGUGGCGUUCCUGCUGGGCGCCGGCGGGUCCAUCGUGCUGGUGACCAGCCUGGGGGUCACGACGGAUUUCAUCGGGGCGAACGUGAACAACGGGGCGUUCGUCUACGGAAUAAUGAGCUUCACGGAUAAAUUGGCGAACGGUCUGGCUGUGGUGGUUAUACAGUAUUUGCAGAACGACCAGAAGAAUAUUUAUUUUUAUAGGAACGUUUUGACGAACGUUUGCGGCGGUUCUGUUAUACUCGGAGCCGUCGCUCUUAUCGGCUGGAUAACAAAGGAUCCCAAUGAACCCUUUCGACCCUUCCUACGGGUCCGUCAAGCGAUUCCCGAAGGCGGUUUGGGGCGCAAAGCGGGGCGACUCACCCUGAUAACCGGCGGUGUCGUCGAUCAAUGGCGGGCGCUCAUGGCUCGUCCCCCGAAUCCGGCACUCCACGCACUCGAGCACAAAUUGAAGAACGAGGAGGAAGUAUCGCCGACGACGACGCCGCUACCAGCGUUCCGACGGACGAGCGCGCUGAAAGGCGUCUAG